AUGCCUACUUUCUUCCAUAUUCUUCGCAGAAGUAUUUCGUUGAUGGUAUUUAAAAACAGUCCGCAUGACGUCGAAGGAAUAUACGUUCCGGAAAAAGCUCACGACUCUGUUCAUAACAAAAAACGACGUCAUUCCGCACAUGCGGAAUUAUGUUCAAUUACUCCGCGGAGCUCACAACGAGAGGGUCUUUAUGAGAAAAAUCGACAUCCGUAUCAUCACACGCCGUCCUCCUAUCAUCGAUCGGCACCGAUUUGCAGAAUGGUGAAAAAACGUGAAAAAUCUCAUGUAAAUUUUCCAUAA